UGCAUUUUUCACCACUUGGGUGCAUAGAAAAUUUUAAGAAGGCGAGACAAAUCUGCUUCAAAUUUCAGAUUGGAUUUAAAAUUGGAGAGAAUUUUGAAGAAAGUGAAAGAUAAAGUUUUAUGAUUAAUAGUGAUAUGACUUUCGAAAUGAUUUGUGAUUGAUCUUAAUCGAAAGGAAGCUAAGGGUGUAUUUUAAGCACCUUUACAAGAAAAACUAGGAUUCGUAAGCACCUUCACAGAAGCAAAUAACAUGAGCAACGAUGCCACCAGCACGUCCUGGAAGUCUUAAGGAUCCGGAAAUUGCCGAUCUUUUCAACAAACAUGAUCCCGAAAAAAUAUUCGAGGAUCUGCGCGAGAUUGGCCAUGGCUCGUUUGGCGCCGUUUAUUAUGCGCGAUGCAAUCUUACCAAAGAAAUCGUGGCCAUCAAGAAGAUGUCCUAUUUGGGCAAACAAAGCCUUGAAAAAUGGCAGGACAUUCUUAAAGAAAUCAGAUUUCUGCGUCAAUUGAAUCAUCCGAACACCAUUGAGUAUAAGGGUUGUUAUUUACGUGAAUCUACGGCGUGGCUGGUGAUGGAAUAUUGUGUCGGUUCGGCUUCAGAUAUUAUUGAAGUGCACAAGAAGCCAUUACAUGAGAAUGAAAUUGCAGCAAUUUGUGAUGGCGUUUUGAAUGGUCUAAGUUACUUACACAGCUUAGGGCGCAUACAUAGAGACAUAAAAGCAGGGAAUAUCCUUCUCACGGAUAAUGGUAUUGUCAAAUUAGCAGAUUUUGGUAGUGCUGCCAUUAAAUGUCCGGCUAAUAGUUUUGUCGGCACGCCGUACUGGAUGGCGCCAGAGGUAAUUCUGGCUAUGGAUGAAGGGCAGUAUGACGGCAAGGUAGAUGUGUGGUCAUUAGGUAUUACUUGCAUUGAAUUGGCUGAACGAAAACCUCCAUAUUUUAAUAUGAACGCAAUGUCUGCUCUUUAUCACAUUGCUCAAAAUGAUUCUCCAACCUUAUCGAAAAACGAAUGGUCGGAUACGUUUUGCAAUUUCGUCGAGUUGUGUCUUAAAAAAAUGCCCGUGGAGCGUCCCUCGUCAUCGAAACUGCUAAAACAUACAUUUUUGACGCAGCCACGUUCAGAUAUUGUACUGUUGGAGCUGAUCGCCCGUACAAAGGCGGCUGUGCGUGAACUAGAUAAUUUGAACUACCGUAAAAUGAAGAAAAUUCUUAUGGUAGACACCUGCGAGACUGAGAGCGCCAUUGGCGAUACGGAUGAUACACAAGACGAACACGCCGGUGGCGAUAGCAGCAAAAGUAAUAGUAUUACUUCAGAACACUCCAUACAUUCGGUGGGUGUGUCGGCGGCCAGUAGUCAAGUAAGCUCUUCGUCGAACUCUAUUCCCACCGCUCAAAACCACAUAUUGACGCAACAGCAGCAUAUUGCUGUAAAUUAUCAGCAACAAGCAGCUGCAGCCGCGGCGGCGGCAGCAGCCCAAGCAGCGGCUGUGAGUGGAGCUGCAGCACGAAAUUCUUCACGCCAGCGGAAUCUGCCACCAUUACCUAAUAUAAUGCACAAUAUGAAUAAUAAUGUUACACCUACGAACUCAACUUCGGUCGUACCAGCGCCUAUAAUGCCGGUGUCGGUCACAGGUCAUCCAGUUGGUGGCGGAGGCUCCCCUGCAGCAACAGCAAAUAUGAGCACUGGCAUGUUGUCGCAGGCUAUUGGUGUUGGCGUUGGAAGUGCUGGCGGCGGUGGUGAUCGUAUGCCGCGCUAUUUAUCAUCACCAGCUGCCGCUGCCGCCGUAUACGCAGCAUCUUCACAGCAAGCCAUCUCAAACGCUGUAAAUGAGCAUGGACCGAACAAUUUUGCAACAAUUCGAACUACAAGCAUUGUAACAAAACAACAAAAGGAACAUAUGCAGGAGGAAAUGCAUGAACAAAUGUCGGGCUAUAAACGAAUGCGCCGCGAACAUCAGGCUGCGUUAGUGAAGCUCGAGGAGAAGUGUAAAUUGGAAAUGGAGGCCCACAAGGGCGGAUUAGACAAGGAAUACGAUAAUCUACUGCAUAACUUUACAAGGGAACUGGAACGGCUAGAGGCGAAACAUCAGCAGGAUUUGGAACGCCGACAAAAGCAAACAUCUGCGGCUGAAAAGAAACUAUUUAAAGAGAUUUCGCUAAAACAGGAAAGCGACCGCAAAGCCUUUGAUUUGAACCGCAAAAAAGAAUACAAGGCGAAUAAGGAGCGUUGGAAACGUGAACUUUCCAUGGAUGAAUCGACACCUAAACGUCAACGUGAUUUAACGUUGCAAUCGCAGAAAGACAAUUUGAAGCAAGCGGAAGCGCAGGAAGAACAGCGUUUGCUCAGAGUACAAAAGCAGUAUAUUGAAUUGGAGAUGCGCAAGUUCAAAAGAAGGCGUCUAAUAUCUCUUCACGAACUCGAAGAUCAAUUGUUGCGUGAUGAAUUAAGCAAAAAGCAACACCAACUUGAACAGGCGCAUGCUAUGCUGCUAAAACAUCACGAAAAAACGCAAGAACUGGAGUAUCGACAACAGAAAAGCGUACAUCAACUUCGAGAGGAGCAGAUAAAUACUCAGCACGACACGGAAUUGAAGAACCAAAAGGACUAUAUGGAGCGAGUUAAGAAGGAGCUUCUGCGAAAGCACGCGCUAGAAAUCAGACAACAUCCUAAAAGUUUAAAGCAAAAAGAAUUGCAAAUCCGUAAACAAUUCCGCGAAACGUGCAAAACUCAAACAAAACAAUACAAACGGUAUAAGGCACAAAUUCUCCAAACAACACCGAAGGAGCAGCAGAAGGAAGUUAUUAAGCAGUUGAAAGAAGAGAAGCAUCGAAAAUUAACACUUCUCGGCGAACAGUAUGAACAAAGUAUUGCUGACAUGUUCCAAAGUCAGAGCUAUAAAUUGGAUGAGACCCAAGUGAUUGAGUGCCAUCGUACCAACGAACAGUUGGAGUACGAACUUGAAGUACUCACUGCCUAUCAAAAUAAAAACAAGAAACAAGCUCAGGAGCAGCGUGAUCGUGAGCGCAAGGAGUUGGAAAAUCGUGUAAACGUGCGAAGAGGUUUACUGGAGAGCAAGAUGAAUGCGGAAUUGCAGCAAUUCAAUCAAGAACGUGCUGAACGUUUACGCAUUAAACAAGAAAAGCAUUCUAGAGAGCUGGAAGCUUUCGAUCAGGAGUCACUUGCAUUAGGUUUCAGCGCCCUAUCUCUCAGCGAGGUGUCGCGCGAAACAUACCCUGACGAGGAGGGUAGCUUAUCGGGGUCCAUGAUCAGUUUAGCGCAUAGUAAUAGCUCUACAAGUUUUCCGGCUGGCUCCCUAUAGCAUAGAAACGUAAAUAAGUGUAAUAAUGGCAAUUUUAAUAACACUAACAUAAUUUCAAUAACAAAGAAACGAUUUCGUAAUUCUAGUGAUGAUGGUAAAAACCAAUUAAAAGACGACAUUGAAGUAAAUCGAUUAAAUCAGGUGUCGCUCUCUUCAAUGUAAAAAAAAAACUAAAAGCAAAAACUUAAAAAUUCAAAAUUUAAAGCAAAAAUACAUUAAAGAAGGAAAAAGUAUGAACAAUACGCAUGUGAGUAAAAAUAAAAGGAAAACUAAAAUAAAUUAAUAAAAGUAAACAAAAAGAUGCAAUUUAUUGAAGAUAAAAUAAUAACACAAACAUAAAUAAUAAUAUUAGCAGUUGACGCGAGUUAUAUUUAUAAUUAAGUUAAUAAACUAAUUAAAACUAAAAAAAAAAAAUUAAAAAAAAUACAAUCGAAAAUUAAUAACA